GACGCCUUCCAAGUCUUCCAUUCCUUCCAGUACCUUCUCCCCUCCCUCCCCACUAAGCAACCCCCAAAGCUAGCUCUCCCCUCCCUUGCGAUCGGAGAUCCCGCGAUGCAGGCCCCGGCGACCCCCUCCUCCGUCGACCUGCCGCUGGCAGCGCCGCCGCCGGUGAAGGCGCCGACCCCGCGCCCGCCCCCGCCGGCCUCGCUCCAGCCCGAGUCCCCGGGGGUCUUCUUCUCCGCCGCGGCGGCCGCCCUGCCCUCGGGCUCCGCCCACCGCCGCAUAGCCAUCGCCGUCGACCUCUCCGACGAGUCCGCCUACGCCGUGAGCUGGGCCGUCGCCAACUACCUCCGCCCCGGGGACGCCGUCGUCCUGCUCCACGUGCGCCCCACCUCCGUGCUCUACGGCGCCGACUGGGGCGCCGUCGACGUCUCCCUCCCCAACCCUGGCGACGGCGCCGAGGACGACGACGACUCCGAGGCCGCCGCGCGCAGGAUAGAGGACGACUACGACGCCUUCACGGCCUCCAAGGCCGACGACCUCGCCAGGCCGCUCAAGGACGCGGGCAUCCCCUAUAAGAUCCACAUCGUCAGGGACCACGACAUGAAGGAGCGCCUCUGCCUCGAGGUCGAGAGGCUCGGGCUCAGCGCGGUCAUCAUGGGGAGCAAGGGCUUCGGCGCCGCGCGGAGGACCAGCAAGGGGAGGCUCGGGAGCGUCAGCGACUACUGUGUCCACCACUGUGUCUGCCCCGUCGUGGUGGUGCGCUUCCCUGACGAAGGCUCCGCGGAGGAUGGGGAGGCCGGCGGCCUGUCGUCAGCGGUGGGUGCGGAGGAUGUGCUGCACCCUGUGCCCGAGGAGGAUGCCGAGUACCAUGAUGCUACUGAGGAGCACAAGGGUAACUGAUUUAAUACUUGACCGUGUCGAUGAAUUGUGAAGUGCACUUGGAUCCAGCAUGUAAUGGUUCUACUGUUGACUGGGUGCUAGCUGGGAAGUGCACGUGAAGGUGUUGAACUUUCACUGCCCAUGUCUAUGUCUAUCUGUACUUUCGCGUUGUUUGUAUCUUCAGUUGCCUUCGACCACGUAGCUUGUUUGACUAUUUGACUGCCUGGUGAAUAUUUGUGGUUGAAAACCUUUUUACUUUCUUCACAUUUCACUACCUGUUUCUGAUGAAAGUCACAGAUUAACCAUCUCUAUAAAAUCAACUAGUCAUCACUGCAC